UCGUGGCAGUUUCUUGCACAGACUUCUCAUUAAGGGACUGGACUCGUUUGACGGGAAAUAAAUGAAAGCAGUAGGGAGACAGCUGAUCGAGAGGCUUACUUUGGAGCUGCUCAUGACUUGAUGCCUCCAUGAGCUGCAGUGCAGAGUUUGGACACAGUUACUUGAGGUCUUCCAGGGCAUCAUGACAUCGAAGUUUUCAACCUUCUUAAUCAAAGACAUUCUCACCGGCCUGGAGGCUCCCUGUGGGAAUCCCGGCAGCACAGCUGCAGAGGAGCUUUGCGCACUUGCGCGCAAUUUGCGCGCGGGCUUUGAUAGCGCCAUUCAGAAAAGACUUUCUCCUGGUAAACGCGUGUCUGAAAGCCACCGAUCCGGCACCGGCAAGAAAGAAGGAGGGGCUGCGACUCAGUUCAGAGAAGGUACCGCAGAGCGUGCAGGCAUGCAGUAUGUGGAGCAGAGUAAGCGGCAAAGGAACCAGACGGAAGCAGGAAUGAAGGGGUUUCACCACCACUACCACCACGGCGGGGAGUCAUCCAGCUGUUCGCCCGAGGAGCGCCGCUGCGCCGCCGCGAAGAAGCGCUCCAGGGCGGCUUUCUCCCACGAGCAGGUCCACGAGCUGGAGCGCCGCUUCAGCGCCCAGAGGUACCUCUCUGGUCCCGAGCGGGCAGACCUGGCAUGCGCCUUGAAACUCACGGAGACACAGGUGAAAAUCUGGUUCCAGAACCGGAGAUACAAAACGAAACGGCGCCAGCUGGCCGGUGAUCUGGCGACGCUCGGCUCACCAAAGACCGUGGCCGUUAAAGUGCUGGUGAGAAAUGAGCAAAAGGAGUGGAUUCCGGGCAGCGGAGCCCACCUUCCCACGGCUCUGCCACUGUACCUCGGCUAUCAGUACCAGCAGCCCUACCUACACCAGUGCUACCAGCCCUACAGCACUGACAGGUUAUAUGGAGGAACGUUCUAAUGUUUGUGUGUUUUGCAAAGUUCACAUGUGAACCUUUGUAGAAAAUCUUUUUUUACGCCCUUCUACAAAAAAAAUCUAUUUUAAAUGGAACUUAAUAAUAAAAAACAAAACAUAGA